AUGUGUGCUUCUUUCUCUCCUUCGAUUUUAAAUAGAAAGAAGAAAAAGGAGGAAGACGAUGAAGAGGAUGGAAAAGAGAAGAAGGAAGCUGAGAAGAUGUUAAAGAGAGAAAGAGGUUUGAAGUAUUUAAGGUUUUGGCCAAGAACUACUUGGAGAUUGAGUCACAUGAUUUGUAUGGAGAAAUCUAGGGACUGGCGGAUGAAAUGA